AUGAUCACUGUGGUGAGUACAUCUCUCUCUCUCUCUCUCUCUCUCUCUCUCUAUCUAUCUAUCUAUCUAUCUAUCUAUCUCUCUCUCUACCUAUCUAUCUAUCUAUCUACACCCCUUCCCCCUUCAUUCAUGUAUUUUACUCCCACUCUUCACUGCGAUCCGUUUCCGCUUCUCCUGUUACACUCGUCUCCUAUUUCGGAAGACAAGACUAAACCAAUCUCUCUCUCUCUCUCUCCCUCUCUCUCUCUCUCUCUCUCUCUCUCUCUCUCUUGCUCUCUCUCUCUUGCUCUCUCUUGCUCUAUCUAUCUCUCUCUUUCACUCUCUCUCCAAAUAUAUAUUCAGCUAAUAUAUAUAUAUAUAUAUUUUUCUCUUUCUCGCGAUCUCCCUCUCUCUCCCCCUCUUCUUCUCUCUCUCCUUCUUACCUUCACUCUCCGCUCUCUCUCUCUCUCUCUCUCUCUCUCUCUCUCUCUCUCUCUCUCUUUCCACUUACUCCCUUUUACUUUUUAUAUAUCUUUGCAUUUUUCACAUUCUCUUUUCUUGGUCCUUCUCAUUUCUUUCUUCUCUUUCCCUCUCUGUCUCUCUAUUUAUCUCUUUUUCUCUUUUCGUUUUUUUUCUUUCUUUCAUACCAAUUUUCUUGUAUUCUCCUUUCUUCUUCUCCUAAGUCUCUCUCAUUUUUGCCUCUUUAUCCCUCUCAUUAUUUAUCUGAUUCUCUCUCUCACUCUCUCCUUUUCUCUCUUUUUAUUUAAUUUUCACCAAUUUUCUUACAUUCUCCUCUUAAUCUCUUCUUCUCUCUUCUCCCCAUUUUUGUCUCUUUAUCUCUCUUACUCUUUCACUCUUUCUCUUUCUCUCAAUCUCUCUCUCUCUCUAUUUAAUUCAUACCAACUUUCAUACAUUCCCUACUUUUCUCUUAAUCUAUUUCCGUCUCAUGUUCCUCACCGCCAUUUUGUCUCUCUAUUUACCUCUCACUCUGUGUUUCUCUAUUUUUAUUUAAUUCAGACCAAUUUUCUGAUAUCCUCAUCGCUUCUCUUAAUCUCUUCUGCUUUCUCCACCUUUUUUGUCUCUCUCUCACUCCCUCUCUCUCACAUUCUGUUUCUAUUUAAUUCCUACUUCUUAUAUUCCCUCUCUCUGUUGAUAUAUUCUCUCUUCUCUCCCCUUUUUGUUUCCCUCUCUCUCUCUUUCUCUCGAUUUAUUUUAUCCUAA